AUGGACAGCAAUGGGGCCAUCUCCACCCUCCUGACCCAACACAUCCCAGGGGCGCAAAACCACCUUCAAACUGCUCCCAGGCCACGGCUGGCCCAGGCCAGCAAGACCCGUGGGAGCCGAGAGCCCCUGGGCUCAGCCCGGCUGGUCACCCCUAGUCACUUCGCUCUCUCUGUCCACAGCGUGAGGCCACAGCCAGAGUUCGUCCUGCCCAGGUCAGAAGAGAAGCCAGAGGCAACACCGGCAGAGCGCAGACAUGAACAGGAAGGCACCCCCCAGCUGCCACCUCCACCUAAACAAGAAACGUGGGUCCUCUGGCUUGUUCGCUCAGCAGAGCCUCAAUCCGCUUACCCGAAACAUCUUAGCCCCAGAAGCCCAACUAAGGAGGUCACCAGGGAGAGGACAGAGCCAACACUUCCCCUAGCCAGCUGCAGAACGGGCCAAGCCUUGGAGACACUCCUGAACCGUGGAUUGGGACCUGCUGGGGCCUGGGACAUGGUGCAUCUUAGUGGCCACAUUUCCAUGCUAUCAGUGACCUUGCAGAUGGAGAUGACAGAUCUGCCCCUCCUUUUCCAUCUCUCCUGCCAGAUUCGGCUCCAGCCCUGCUCACACGACCGUCACCCCUCCCACACUCACCGACGUCUCCUAGCAACUGGGCUCACCGCCUGCAUCCCACAGCCUGAGGUCCCCACUUGCUCAGGUUCUCUGGGGGGGCUUCUCCACCCCCAGCAGUCUGGUGUCUUCCCACCACGACCAGCCAACCCUUGUGUCCCCUGCCUGGCAGGAUAAGGGCUCUGGCAGGGUGGGUGGUGGAGAUCGCCAGAGCAACAGCUCUUUAGGCCUUUAGUGAGUGGCACU